AUGCAGAUCCUUCCUCGUCGCGUUGCACCCGUUCAGAUCCCUUCCUCGCCGCGUCGCCUCGCCCAGAUCUCGUCCUCAUCGCGUCGCCUCGCGCAGCCGCCUCCAUCCUUCCUCUUUCCCUUCCAUCCGUCGUCGCUGUUGCCGUCCCGGAGCAGAUUAACCGCGUCCAUCGGCCGUCCCGAGCAGAAGGAAAAGAAAAGUGAGAGAGGAGAGAAGAAGGGUCUUGGAGAUGGAGGGUCUCCGAGCAGAAGGAAAAGAAAAGUGAGAGAGGAGAGAAGAAGGGUCUUGGAGAUGGAGGGUCCCCGAGCAGAAGGAAAAGAAAAGUGA